AUGUCGACGCGCAAGAGAAAGCAAGACGCCGAGGAGGAGGAAGACUUCCAAGCUCUUCCCAGUGAUGAAAGUGAAGAGGAAGAAGAGUACCAAUCCUCCGAUGCCGAGGGAGACGACUAUGAUGAUAGUGAAGAGGAGGAGGAAGAGGAAGAGGAAGAAGAAGAAGAAGGUGAAGGAGGAGAAGGAGGAGAAGGAGAAAAAGAAGAAGAAACCACCAAGGAAGAAGCCCCAGCACCCAAAAAGCGCAAAACCGCCCAUGACAGCAAAGCCGAAGAGGACGGUGAAGGCGAAGAAAAGGAAGAAGAGGAAGACGCAAACGAUACCGCCGACAAAUCCGGUCCAGCUCAAGCCGCUAAGAAGGCUAAAGGUGGUCAAGUUCCCAAGGAAGAUGAUCUGUCUGAGGAAACUGAGGGUGAAGAGUGA